GUCAAACGGUCCUUUUCGCUCACCGCGCGAAAGCGGUCUUUCAAAGUCGUGGUUGCCGCAACUUGAGUUACGACGAGAGUGGAAAGAUCAACGAAGAAACGCUCGCUUUCCCAUGGACCAAAUGGAGCCCCCGACGACUGAGGCCGUUCUGCAAGGCGUUUACACACUGUACAACGAUCCGAACAAUGUGGAAAAGGAAAAGGCCUCCAAGUGGCUGGAAGAGUUUCAAAAAUCGAUCCAUUCCUGGAAGAUUGCCGACGAACUGUUACAACAGAAGCAUGAUCUUAACUCGUGCACCUUCGCCGCCCAAACAAUGCGAAACAAGAUACAAACCAGCUUCCAUGAGCUUCCGGAGACGGCGCACGAGUCCUUGCGGCAAUCGCUGCUUGAGCACAUCAGCCAUAUAACGCUCGAAACAAAGUCCGUCAUCGUAACGCAGCUAUCGCUUGCGCUCGCUGACCUGGCGUUGCUCAUGUCGUCGUGGACCAAACCGGUGGCUACGCUUCUGGAACGCUUCUCGAGCAACGCCAACAUGAUGUUCGCCCUUCUCGAGCUGCUUACGCUCAUUCCAGAGGAGGUAAAUUCGCGCCACUUGCGACUCGGCGCCAACCGGCGGAAAGAGAUUUUGCAAGAACUCGAAGCCGACUCCACCAUGGUGGUCGAAUACCUGACGAUGUGUCUCGUGAAUGGCAACGAUAGCGAACUGUUGCGCUCGAAGAUAUUGAAAUGUUUCACCUCCUGGGUGCAAGUCAAUGCAUUUAAGCUGCCCGAGAUUAGUGACAGCAUGAUCAUAAUGUAUUGCUUCCAGUUGCUUAGCAACAUUAACUGCAGUCCCGAGCUCCAUGAAGCAGCAACGGACGCGCUCUGUUCGCUGCUACAGUGCAUGGAGAUAAACAACACACACGGUGGUCUCGAUGAGAAGCUCUUCAGCGGCAUCCUUUGCCUGGAGGAGGUGUACAAUAUGUCCGUCGCACAGGAGGAUCUCGACAAGUCGAUGAACUUUUGCCGGUUGUUUACGGUACUGGUGGAAAGCAAUUUGACGCGCAUGGUAGCGGGCUCGGACGCUGAAACACCUCACUAUUCGACGAAGGCACUCGAUCUGGUGCUGAACUGCGUCGGACACUAUGACUACGAGGUGGCCGAGAUUACCUUCAACAUGUGGUACCGGCUAAGUGAGGAUCUGUAUCAGCGGAACAACUUUUUACUGACAGCGCACUUCAAACCGUACGUCGAGCGGCUGAUAGCGGCACUGUACAAGCACUCACAGCUCGAUUCCGAUCAUGAUGGAUUAGUGGAAGAAGGUGGAUCCUUUAAGGAUUUCCGGUUUAAGGUUUCAGAAAUCAUCAAGGACGUCAUAUUCAUCGUUAGCUCGAUCAGUUGCUUCAAGCAAAUGUUUCUUAUACUGCAAACCCCGAACGUGUCCUGGGAAUCGAGUGAGGCCGCAUUGUUUAUCAUGCAGAACGUGGCCCGAAACAUCCUGCCAGAGAUUAUGGAAUUGGGAGAGCGUGAAAUACCAACGGCGAGAUUCAACCAGCUUUGUGAGGAGAGCGAGGUGGUGCCGAAGGUGGUCGAGGCAAUACUGCAUCUCCAAGACAACUGUCACAUCGCGAUCCGCUACACGUCGAUCAACAUACUAGGAGAGCUGUGCGACUGGAUUGACUCGAACCCAGACACGCUGCAGCCGGUGCUGAACUUUCUGCUGUUUGCGUUGCAACAAAAGAAUGGUCUCGCGACGGCCGCCGCAAACUCGCUGCAGUCAAUCUGCUCCGCCUGCAAAAAACACAUGCUGGGCCACAUCAGCGGCCUAAUGGAGAUAGCGCGCUGCCUCGACAGCUUUGACAUUCAGACGGAGUCGGCCAUCGGGCUGCUGAAAGGCAUCUCCAUAAUUAUCGGGCGGCUGCCGGCGAAUCAGCUGACACCGGCCAUGCAGGAGCUGUGCAGCUUUCAGGUGGAGGCACUGAGCAGGUUAACGAACGGCGAGGACGACGGCCUGGAUGGGAAGAGGUGUCGUUCCGAUCCUGCCUUUUGGUUGGACCGGUUAGCGUCGAUAUAUCGACACAUUAACCCAACAGUGCGCAGCAACGAGCCAAAUCCAUGCGUAUUUGUCAUCGUAAAUAACUGGAAUGUUCUUUCGCGAGCCCUCGAUCGCUACAAGAACGACUCGAAGGUUAUGGAACGUAUCGUGCGCUGCAUACGGUACGCGAUCCGGUGCAUCGGAAAGCAGGCGAUGCCCAUCCUUGAGCCACUGGUCGAGCAAAUCAUCACGAUCUAUUCGGGCCACAACCACAGUUGUCUGCUCUACUUGGGGAGCAUUCUGGUUGAUGAGUUCGCCUACGAAGAGGGCUGCACGCAAGGACUGCUAAAUAUGCUGGAGGCCUUUAUCCAACCUACGUUCAGCGUACUGCGGAUAGAAAAUGGACUCAAGAAUCACCCGGACAUGGUUGAUGAUUUCUUUCGACUCGCGACACGCUUCAUUCAGCGGGCACCUUUACAGUUUCUGCAGUCGCAGCUGGUCAAGCCGAUCAUCGAUUGCGGGUUGCUCGCUUGCACACUCGAUCACCGGGAUGCCAACAUAUCUGUGAUGCGGUUCUUCUGCAGCCUGCUGCGCCAUGACCGGGCAAAUGAUCGGCGCACGAUUGUGCAGUCAAUUCUCGUUGAGCAUGGUGAAUCGCUCAUCCGGAACCUUCUAAUUGCAUCCGUCUUCUUUCUACACGCGUACAUGCUGACGGAUGUGGCGGAAGUGUUUGUCGAAAUAAAGCAACACAAUCCGCACCAGCUUGAGGAGUACGUGAAGAAGGCGCUCGAUAGUCUACCGAAGAAGAACAGUGGUGGUUCUGUUACUGUUACGCACGAACAAAUGGUGCAGUUUGUUGCUAAUGUUGUCAACUCUGAAACACCACGUGCCACCACGCAGGCGCUGCAAGACUUUGCGCGUCUCUAUCGAUAAAACUCUGGAAUCCUUCAUACUCAGAUCCGGCGGGCUUUAUCAGCUCAGAUAAAGGGGGGAAUCUUUCCGUCAGCGGACCAUCAUCUAGGUUCAUCAACUGGUCCAUUCAGUCGUAUCGCUAUUAUGGGAGUAAUGAUAUUGGAACGAAAGCGUGAAAGAGUUUUGUAAAUAGAUGUUUUGCAUAAAAAAUAAUGCAACUCACCCCUUAUAGGCUUUGUAAACCACCGAUCUCGGUGGGAGAGUAUCGUUAGGAAAUUUACCGUUAGAUGAAAUCGUCUGCCGUAUGCUAGGAUGGACGGUUCAGGGUAUCCAACUCUCUGUUCUGCUCUACACGAAUGAAACAAACCGUCACGAAACCCGUGCUCGUGCAUCAGCGCCGUCAAUAAAUUCUUUUGGGCAACGUGUUGUAUUUGUACAGACUAU